UUCACACGCGACGGUGUACCGCAAUGCGCAUGCCAAGGACAAAACAGCGCGUGAACACAAGAAAUCAAUUGGAACCAAAAAGAAGAUGUCACUUAUUCCUAAAAUAAAGGGUCCCACACAGACCGGUUUGAAACUUUGUGCAAUAUCUGAGGCAGAAUGAUGUUUCGCUGCUGCGCGCAGCUUUUCGUUUAUUUGUCGAGCGUAAAAGCUUUGUCCUCUCUUGCCUUUACCCCGCUUUUUUUCUUCUUUUUUUCGCUAUUCUAUCCAUGGUUUCUUCCUCUUUUUGGUGACAAUAGACGGCCCAUACUAAUCAGGUUUCAAAGUAAAUAGCAGCGCGGGGCGAGCUCAAUGUAAAUUGCGCCUGUCAGAGCACCCCCCUCCUCCUCCUCCUCUUCCCUUCCCUCCCUCUCUCUCUCCAUUCUCCCCCCAGCCCUUCCAGCCGUAGAUGGCAGCGCUGUAAAAAAUAUCCGCGCCUGAAAACACUGUUCGGUGCAGCACGGAGGCUGGGGGAUCACUCGGCGGACACACGCUUCCAUUUCGGCGCGUAAAAACCUUCCCUGGAUCCAUUCUGCGCCUUUACGCAACCUAUUCAUUACCAACAGAGAUCUCUCCACCCUCCAUCCUUGGACUCGGAUAUUUUUUAAAGAAAUUGGCGUCAAAAAAUAUUUUCCAACUCUUAACAUAAAUGGAUGGAUUUGGAACCCAGAUGCUCGUUUUCUAGUGGAUUUUACGAAUAAAAUUCCAUUUUUACAUCCGAACACGAGACCAGAUGACUUCUGAGACGGUCACUUUUUGCAGUGGAUAAGCGGAGGGGGAUUCUAACCAAUCGAGAAGCAGAGAGGGCUUGGCUAUAACCUCAGCCUCCCAUUUUCUCUCUCCCUCUGUCCCCCCUCUCCUCCUCUCCUCCUCCUCUAUGCAGGGCUCUGGCCAGUCAGUCGCCUUUGAUUAUCAGUCUCCAGCAGCCCCUCUCUUGGCUCCUUGACAUGAGCACCAUAUAAGGCGCAGCGAUCUCCAUAGAAACGUGUCAGUUUCAAUAGUAGUGUCAAAGUUCACUAUAUACAGACAUUCGCGCAGAUCCCCCGUUUCGGAAACAUUGCUCUGCUGGUCCUCCCGUUUAAGCGCAUUCAUUUUUGGGGGUCUCUCCUUCUUCUUGCAUAUUCUAUUAGUGUUUUUGCUCUUCUUUUUUGACAUUUUCUUCUUCGUAUCCAUUCCUCCUGCUGGAGAGAGGUGAAACUAUACAUGGGCACUUCGUUCGGCGACGCGAUUUUCCUCCGCUGCUGGGCGAGAUGACGAGCUUUAUUUAAGAAUAUAGAUGUAAAAAAAAUCCAGCUCUUCAGUUUUUCCUGCCCUCCUGCUCGACGAAGACGGGAGUGUAAAGGAGCAAGAGGAAGAAAAGGAGAAAGGAAUUUAUCUCCGCUGCACUUUGGAUCGCGUUUCUUUCCAACAAGAUUUUUUUUCUUCUUUUUUUUCUCUCUUUUUUUUUUUUUUUUUUUUACUUGUUCCUGCAUAUGUGAAUCCUGCCUUUUUCCUCUGUGGCUAUUCAGCAUCUAACUGCAAUUUGUUACGUCUGGACUCGGGUUUUCCUACAAGAUUAGGGAUUCCUGAAUGGCUGACUGCAAUUUACCUUGGAACUGGCCUCCCGACACUUGCAAAUCCUGAUCGGGUGCCUAUUCCUGCUUUUUGAAUGUAUUGAUCGCCGUUUCCUUUACUCCCCAUAUGAGAUUGCGUGCACCGAUUUGACUUUGCACUGCCCCGUCUUUUGAGAUCUCCUCUUUUUUUCUCCCCACUGCGCUAUUUCUACACCAGCGACCAUUUCGCUUUAUAGCACUUUCCGUGGCCGAGAUAUGGCAAUGGUAGUUAGCGUCUGGCGAGAUCCGCAGGAAGACGUGGCCGGAGGACCUCCGAACGGCCCCAACCCAGCAGCGCAGCCGGCGAGGGAGCAGCAGCAGGCGGCGUCGGCGGCGCCGCACACCCCGCAGACCCCCAGCCAGCCGGGACCCCCGUCCACGCCGGGGACCGCUGGGGACAAGGGGAGUCAGAAUUCUGGACAGAGUCAGCAGCAUAUUGAAUGUGUGGUUUGCGGAGACAAAUCGAGCGGCAAACACUACGGCCAGUUCACCUGCGAGGGAUGCAAAAGUUUCUUCAAGAGGAGUGUACGGAGGAACUUAACCUACUCGUGUCGUGCCAAUAGGAACUGUCCCAUUGACCAGCACCACAGAAAUCAGUGCCAAUACUGCCGGCUGAAGAAGUGUCUAAAAGUGGGGAUGCGGCGGGAAGCGGUUCAGCGAGGACGAAUGCCUCCAACUCAACCCAACCCAGGCCAGUACGCGCUGACAAAUGGAGACCCUCUGAAUGGCCACUGCUAUCUGUCCGGAUACAUCUCGUUAUUGCUGCGGGCUGAGCCUUACCCGACGUCCCGGUACGGGAGCCAGUGCAUGCAGCCUAACAAUAUCAUGGGCAUCGAGAACAUCUGCGAGCUGGCGGCUCGUUUGCUCUUCAGCGCCGUGGAGUGGGCGAGAAACAUCCCUUUCUUUCCCGACCUGCAGAUCACCGACCAGGUGUCCCUUCUCAGGCUGACAUGGAGUGAGUUGUUUGUGCUUAACGCGGCCCAAUGCUCCAUGCCUCUGCACGUGGCCCCUCUGCUCGCUGCAGCGGGCCUCCACGCUUCCCCGAUGUCCGCGGACCGCGUUGUGGCUUUCAUGGAUCACAUCCGGAUCUUCCAGGAGCAAGUGGAGAAGCUUAAGACCCUGCACGUGGACUCGGCAGAGUACAGCUGCCUCAAGGCGAUCGUGCUUUUCACAUCAGACGCCUGCGGCCUGUCGGACGCUGCUCACAUCGAGAGUCUACAGGAGAAAUCCCAGUGCGCCCUGGAGGAAUACGUCAGGAGCCAAUACCCGAACCAACCCAGCCGCUUUGGCAAGCUCCUACUGCGGCUGCCCUCUCUGCGCACCGUCUCCUCCUCGGUAAUCGAGCAGCUGUUCUUCGUCCGCUUGGUAGGUAAAACUCCUAUUGAAACCCUCAUCAGGGAUAUGCUAUUAUCCGGGAGCAGCUUCAACUGGCCUUACAUGUCCAUCCAAUGAUCCUCAUAAGAAAGAGGGAAAAAAGACAGGAAAAAAGGACCAAAAUACAGCACCUCCCCCACCACCACCACCACCACCCACCCAAUCCUUCAUCAAGAAGACUAUAUGUAGGACGUUUUCUGACAAACUUGGAAGACAUUACUUUUUUUCUGUCUUCUGGAACUGUGAUGGAAUACAUUAUGUACAGAAAAUAUCGGAACUGGACUUUACACCUGUGUAAAUCCUCCCUCAUCUUCAAGAACAAUACUCUUCAUUUUGUAAAAUACUAGUCUUUAUUUUCCCUUUUUUUGUAAAAAAAAAUACAAAUAAAAUGAAAAACAUCAUAUGCGCAGUAAGAAAAAAAAGAAUCAAGACUUAGCGGGAAAAUAAUGUUUCCAAGCAAUUAUAAGAAUUGUCCUGUGUCUAUGUACCUCUCUGUUUUGUAUUUUUUCUGGUUCUAAACCAGGGUUUCUGUGAUUCUAUACUAAUAAUUUUUGAUAUAACCUUUUGCUUCUUAUAAUGAGUGCGAUAUAUGUUGUCGAAGCUAUGUUCUCCAAGAAUUAAAAUUGAAGUGAGAAUCUAAAAAACAGAAAAAUAAAGAGAUUUAGACAAAUAAGAAACAGUCUAAUCGCUGUGAUAAUAUCACCACUGAUGGCUGAACUUUUUUUUUUCUUUUUUUUUUUCAACAAUUGAUAACGAUGGACCUGCAUCUGCAGCAAACUGACCUCCAGGACAUUUUUACUGACAUUUUUACUCCAGGAUGUCUGGGGCGCCUUUUCCCCGGGCUGUGAGCGCGCGUGGAGUCGUCAAAGAGGAGAGACCUGAAAAAUCAAAAAGCACUUUUAAUAUAUCAUUUCAAAUACAUUUUGUUUGUUUCGUCUUGAAAAAAAACUUUCAUUGUUUCUUGAACUUAUUGGUUGUUGCCUUCAAUUUGCUUACUCCAUGAUGCAGCUUUUUUGCAGAAAAGGUCGGUUGAUCAAGUUGUGUGAUGGUGACUGUACUAUUAAAAAGAAAUAGGCAACGAUGUCUCAUUCUCAAGCAUUUUCCUAAGAGCAAAUGUCUUGUUCAUGUAUAUAUAUUUAUUGUUUAUUUGAGUUCAUCCUAUGGGGGUCUGUUGUCUCUCUCAUAAACCUGCAGUCAGAAACACUGUUUGCCCCCCCACCCCUUUCUUCACACCUGCCUCAGAACACGGUGAUCCACCAAAUUAAGAUCACAAAACUGGGCGCACUCCUCAUAUUUUCAUAAAGACAAUGACUUUAGCUGGCUUUGUCGAUUUGCAAAGAGAGGGGAACAAUGCACGAGAGGAGGUGAUCUUUCUGCCAGCCUGCAGUGGGAGCAUUAAUGUUUCAUAUUCUAGACGGGAUUGAAAGCCACGCGCACAGCACAGAGGCCACUCCGCGCUUCCUCUUGUGGCUUAAUCAAGGUGAAUCCGCACAAACCAAACACCACCCCCCUUACCCACAACCCUCUACCCCAUUCUUAAAAAAAAAAA